AGAGGAAGUGGCCGUUGUUGUGUGAGAGUUCCUCCUCCCUCUUCGGAGGCUGCUCCUGUGGGCCGAGGGGGGCAGAAGCGGGCAGAGCUAUGGCUGCUCGAGGGGGCUUGCGGAAGGAGCAAGAGCCUCCUCAGAAACGGAGGCGGUCUUUGCGUUUGGAAAACAAGAAGAAUCUACCCUUCGAUUAUAAAAGAUUUCUGGCCUAUCAGGGCCCUACCACUUCCGAAAUUACACAGUACGCAACACCUCGGACUCUAAUCAAGAAACUGCUACAAACCUUGCCAGUAACUUCUCCACUUGUUCCUGUUAAACCCGAUACCUCCAAACCAGCAGAGCCCGUUGUUCAACUCCCUUCAGAACAUAUUCCUUGCAGUGACAUAGAAAUCAGUUUGUCUGAAUCUGCACCCAAAAAGAAGUGUCAGACUUCAUUGCUCAAAACUAAGUCAAAAAAGAUUAGUCUAUCUGAGUUUGAGAAAGGUCUCAAUAAGCAGUUUGACUCAAACACAGUUCAGUCAUCACUGGAAAACACAUCACUAACAAAGUCUCUUCAGAUAUCUUUUAAGACUCCAGCACCGUUGCCCAUUGUUGGGAAAAAAGGCUUAAUCCGUAGGCCCAAGAAGUACAGAGGUAUAAAUGUGAAGGGCUUUGAAGAAGAAAUUGAACAAAACUUGCUGCGUGUACAAAAAUCACAAAGCUACCUUCAAGCAUUGCAAGCAGCCACUUCUCUGUCAAGCAAUGCAGAGCUGACUGCUGCUGACACAGAACUCUUUGCUGAGCCUCUGCCCUCUGGACAGAAUGGAGACAAUGGUUCCAAUGCUCAUUCUCAGCACACUGCAGCAAGGCAGUCUUCAACCAGAGGGAGUAUGCUGCCCUCUCGUCAGACACUCUCGCCAACCAGAGAAAAGUCCAGAGCAGAUUUUGGAAUGCCAGAGUGUGGCCAAAAAGAGGUCUUGGGGUCAGAGACUGGAUUUGAUGAUGAGCCAGAAUCUGUGGCUGAGGAAAACGCUGAUGGGCCACCAGAAGAGCAGCCAAAGAAACUACAGGGCACAGUGAAAGAACUAGUGUGCACUAGAAAUGCUGGUGAAAUGGGAGCCAUUCCCCAAGGAAGGCCUUGUACUUCUGGGAAUGUAGAGCAAGAGGAUCUGCCUAGAAACAGCUGCGAGGCACAGUUAAGUCUUUCUGAAGAAUAUCUGACCACGGAGAUACGUCCAGUAAGAACAUCUACACCAAUUGGUGCCAGACUCCCAGAAGUCUAUCCAGGCCAUUUGUCCUCGUUACCAAGAGAGAAGUCUGCCAAACGUUCAGUGAAAGAAAUGGUGUCACAAAUAAUUAAGGAGCUGGACAGGAGUGUGAUUCCAGCUGUUUUGGGUCAAGGCAUUUCAGAAGCCAACCUGAGGGAGGAGCCCAAUGAAAAGGCAGCUACUCCUGGCAGAGGUGUAAGUAGAAAGAACCCUGAUCAAUUGGAGAGGCAAGCCAGAAAGAAAACAGCUGAAGAAAUAACCCCACAGGUUGCUGAUGGAGGUAAAACCAGUGAAGUGUUGGACAUGAUAUCAGAAGCUGAAAUGGAUACUGAGUCUAAGGAGAUGUCAGAGGCUGGAACAGACCUUGAAAAUGCUGAACCAACUGGGAAGACACCAGCAUUUGUGCAUGUUAGAGCCUUCCAGCGCACAUCUUUGCUCUCCACCCUGCAAGCUCAGAAAAUGGCUGAAUCCAGGUCUCCUUACACACAGCCUUCAGUAAAACAGGCUGCAAAGCCAGCUAAGAGGGGACAGAGCAGUAAAUGUGAGCCAGCACUCCCCAACAGCUUUGUAAAAAAAUUGUUCAAGCACUAUGUGAGGAUGCCGGUAAACAAAGAUGCUUUCAGGGCUGUGGAGACGUGGUGAGUAAUAUUAAACUCUUUUAAUACAUGUUAA